CUUUGACGGAGCACUACCACACCUCUCUUAGACUACGCGCCAGCAGUCUGAGACAAUAUCCUCGUCUGUUUGGCCAUACCCUUGUCGACAGGCUUCUUUUCUCCUUCCGUGUUGCUUCCGUCGCUCCUUUUAUCAGGUUCCCAGCUUCCGGCUACGUCCCACCUUGCUUAAUUGGGGCACCAGCUCCUGUUGUUACUGCGAAUCGACAGUCAGUAGCUUAUAACCCCGCGGCCGGGAAAUUGUUGCCUGCUACAACUGCAAAAAUCGCCUGGUGUAGUGUAUUCUCCCUGCUGGGCUGAUUGUCCAAGGCGAUCUUUCGUUGCCUUCCGAGAAGCAAUUCAGCUGCACUCUUGCAUAAGCGGGAUCUGAAUCUCCCUUUCAUCCCAAGUGACAAAGCUUGAAAAUUGCUUAGUCUGAGAGGGUGGCUUAUGGCAGAGAAAAAGCGUCACGGUGCCGGAGUGAGAGCGUCAUCGCAAGGAGCUUCUAGUGCCACAGGUCAGGGAAUGGCCGGAUCUAUGGUUCCUUUGGAGGUCGCCUUGAGCGGUGCAAUUGGUGCACGCGUUCGCAUCACUACCGCCCCGGUCUCCACGACGAUUGAGGGAACUUUGUUUACGGCAUGCCCAAUCACGAACCUUGUUGCUAUUAACACUGCCGCCGACACCAAGCAGACCGCAGCUGAUUAUCGCAUCAUCCCGAUCUCGCGUAUACAGUCCUUCCAACUUCUCUCGCUUGCUCCAUCAUCCAACAGUGCGGAGGGACCUUCUUUCGCUGAUGCCGUGCCAUCUGUGCAUGCGCUCGACAUUCGGGCUUUGAAGACCCGAGAGGCUAAUGCAGUGGGUAAACUGCAAGAGGGUGAGGCGAAGCGUGGCAAGGGAGUUACUCGCGAAGCUCAGGAUCUGUUUGAUGCAUUUAGCCGCACAAUGCCCACAAGGUGGGAUGGAACAAGCAUAAUUGUGGCCGAUGCGGUGUCAAUCGCCGCGCCGUACCUUGUGGACGACUGUCAGCCAUUGGUGGCGGGUGACACGGCUGCUCUUGCUAGAGUGCGCAAGGUGCUUGAAAUGGAACGUAAGAAGAUCGAGCUGCGUAACGCCAGUGCGACGAUUGGUACAGCCAAUGCUUUCUCGCGGUCGGUUUCCGCAAAGGCAUCUACCAACCCAAACCCAUCUCCAGGGCCUGGAGCUGCUGGACCACGGAAGGGCGGUUGAAUAUAACGCUUCAAACCAACUGCCAAACUGAAGGGACCCCUUUCCAUAUAAGUCGCAGGGGAUGAAACUACCCAUGAGCGCCACACCGGGAAAGGGGACUACCGCGGCAGAGGGAAUGCAUACGUACCCCUCCAUGUGAAGCAUACUAAUGGUUGUGCGGAGCCACUUUUUUUUUUUUUUUU